GAGGAAUGGUACGAUGCUGAAGAAGAGCAUGAGGAAGAAUAUUUAAGUGAGGAUGAAGUCGUGGAUCCGGAUGCGGUUGGUAGUGGUGAGCCAGCAGCCCCUGAAGCCCACCCAGUCCCGACAGCAGCCUUGCACGUGCAUCCGCACCGUGCCAUGACCAGUGACUCCGUGACCACAGCCGCUUCGACGACUCCUUCGCCAAGCAGGCUUGCAGUUGUCCCGGCCCUAUCCGAUUCGCCGGAGCCUUCGCCGCCAUCCACAGCCCCUGCCCUAUCCGAUUUGCAGACCCCUCCGCCAAACAGCAAGCCUUCAGCAGAAGUCCCGACCCCAACCGACGAGAAGGAGCCAUGUGCACGCCGCACGAAACAGCUGAUGCUCGAAGCCUUGAACGAGGAGUGUGAGUUGCUAGAGUUGCUCCUAAAGAAGAAGCAAAAGCUAGCCGUCGCAGAUGCUGGGGCACGGGGCAGCAAUAUGGACCAGACCGAGACGCUGCCGAUGAUGCCCGCAGAGGCCGAUGAGGUCUUGCAGGAAGCGAAAGUCCAGGUUGGUUCUUUUGAGCAGCGAAUGCAACAGUUGGCAUAUGAGGAGCCCCCCCAGGUGCCAUACUUCCAGGCCCGAACACUAGCCAUGGAAGCUGAUGCUGAAGCUACGGAAGACAUUCCUGUCCCAUUGCCCCAGCCUACGGAGAAAGCUGACGAGCCCGAGACCCCGUGUCUUAGUCCGAACGAAGCUGUGCCACCCCAGGAGGUAGCACAGGAGGUUGAGGAGGUAGCACCGGAGCCACGCCAGAAGGUAGCACAGGAGCCACGCAAGAAGGUAGAGCCACCCCAGAAGGUAGCACAGGAGCCACGCGAGAAGGUAGCACCGAAGCCGAGCCAUGCACAGGAGCCGAACCCAUCCCAGGAGGUGGAAGCAUCCCUAGCAGAGGCAGACGAGGCCAAGGUCCCGAUCAGCAAAGGUGGGAAGAAGAGAAAGACCAAGCAGCAGCCAGCAAAGGAGCAGGGGGCAACAAUAUUGCCGAAGAAGAAUAAGAAGAAGAAGGCCCCCUCAAAGGAGGCCCUCGGUGAUACGCUGGACGCCGAAGUCCCGAAGACAAGCAAAGGAAAAGGAAAGGGGAAGAAGAAGGGAAAGGGGAAGCAUAAUGAUCCAGAGCCCAAAGCCACCAACAACAAGAAGCAAUCGAAGGAAGCAGAGGAGGAGGACGAGGAGCCACAGCCCAAAGCCACCAAGAAGAAGCGAGCGAAAAAAGCAAGGGAGGAGCCACAGCCCAAAACCACGAAGAAGAAGCGAGCGAAGGAAGCGAGGGAGGAUGACGAGGAGCCACAGCCCAAAGCCACUAAGAAGCGAUCGAAGGAAGCAAAGGAGGAGGGCGAGGAGCCACAGCCCAAAGCCAACAAGAAGCGAUCGACCAAGGAUGCAAAGGAUGAGGGCGAGGAGCCACCGUCCAAAGCCAGCAAGAAGAAGCCAGGGAAGGAGCCAUCGCAAGAUGAAAUCUUGGAGGAACGCCGCAUGCGAAACUCUCGCAAGAGCGGGGCAUACCACAGUGCAAGGAAUGCUGCUAUUAAAAGCGGUUUGAGUGAAGCUGAAGCCAAGAAGAAGGCACAGGAGGUAUCUUGUAUGAGAUGCUAUUAUGUCAUGUUAACAUUAAGUUGUCAUGAAGUCAUGUCUUGUGGCUGCAUGCACACUCUCGCUGUUUUCUGUGCGAGAACUAUCCAAGGCAUACAAGAACACGAAGUGACCGCUGGUGACCGCUGUAGAGUCAUCCGUGUGCUUCCACAUGUGUUGGCCUCUUUUUCUAUGCCGAGUUUUCAUGCAAUGCAGGGUACAUGUUGA